UUUCGAAAAUCAGAAAACUCUUCUAUUCACAAUCUCUGUAAAACCCUAGAAAAACCCUUCUCUGUUGUUUUCCACCAAGAAACAAAAAAAUGGCGUUCAACUCAAUUCUUCGCAGAAAGUCGAGUACUUUCAUUAGGGCUUUCGCUUCUGCAAGUCAAUUGAUAACAAAGACCCAACCGGGUUAUCGCACCGUCCUUUCCGCCGCCGUCAACCGGUUCCAGGAUUCCUCUCUUCCUAGGUUUCACUUUUCUUCCGUAGCUUCCAAGAAAAAACCAUCCUCCGACGAAAAUCUUCUCCGUGUCAUCGAAUCGGAAAUCACUUUAGCUAAAGAAACCGAUGAAUUCGGCGCUGGUGAGGAGGUACCAAGUAAUUUUCCAUUUAAGAUAAUUGAUAGUGCAGGACAACAAAUAGUAACACUUGAAAGGACUUAUGAAGGUGAAGAAAUUAAGGUUGAAGUUCACAUGCCUGAUUUGGUUACCGGUGAAGAACACGAUCGCGAUGAUGAGAAUGACGAUAAGGAUGAUGAGAGUGAGAGAGCAAAUCAAUCAAGUAUUCCACUUGUAGUUAAUGUUUCUAAGAAGGGUGGACCGUCUUUGGAGUUCAGCUGUGUCGCUUAUCCUGAUGAGAUUGUUAUUGAUAGCUUAUCUGUUAAGAAUCCUGAUGUUUCUGAUGAUCAAAUUCCUUAUGAAGGGCCGAGUUUCCAGGAUUUGAACGAGAGCCUGCAAAAGAAAUUCCACAAGUACUUAGAAAUUAGGGGAAUAAAACCUAGUGCGGUAAAUUUCUUGCAUGAGUACAUGAUCAACAAGGAUAGUAGAGAAUAUGUGGUGUGGUUAAGUAAGCUCAAGAGUUUCAUUCAAGCAUGAUCAUUGACAUGGGUUUGAAGAAAGCACGGAGGAUAUUCAAUUUCUGUCCAAUCAUUUUAAUGGAUUAAUGGAUCGUAUCAUUGUGUUUUCAUUUGAAAGAAGAAAAUGAUCAGGUAUUGUGUUAGUGUGGUUUAGUGAUAGUUCCUACUUCCAAUUUCAAAGGUGCAGUGGUUGAAAAUGUUUGCUUUUAUAUCUGCAGUAAGUGGCCAAAAAAUGUUUAUGAAUUGAUUUUAGUUUAAAAUAGUUGAAUGUGAUUUGGUUCAUGUAAAACCGAGUUGGGCAAUAAAUUUGAGUGCAAUAAUUACAUGAGUUCAAA